AUGUUCGACGGCCGCGUGAACCACGCCGAGUUCUUCCAGCUGAUCCUUCCCCUUGGCAUGCUCAUAGGUUCGUUGGUUACGUUCAACCUUGCCGAUCGCUUGGGACGGGCCGCGAUGCUCGACCUCAGCGCCAUUCCGUACGUCCUGGAAAUCAACGCGCCCCACCAUGGGCAACCACAGACGCUGCUAUCUCAUCCACAAGCAUAA